AUGUUGUCCGUAGGCUCACUUCCUUUCAUCCAACUUCCUCCCAACCUGCUUCCCACCAGCUCACUUCCUUUCAGCAAACUUCCUCCUAACCUGCUUCCCCCCAGCUCACUUCCUUUCAGCCAACUUCCUCCCAACCUGCUUCCCCCCAGCUCACUUCCUUUCAUCCAACUUCCUCCCAACCUGCUUCCCACCAGCUCACUUCCUUUCAGCAAACUUCCUCCUAACCUGCUUCCCCCAAGCUCACUUCCUUUCAGCCAACUUCCUCCCAACCUGCUUCCCCCCAGCUCACUUCCUUUCAGCCAACUUCCUCCCAACCUGCUUCACCCCAGCUCACUUCCUUUCAGCCAACUUCCUCCAAACCUGCUUCCCCCCAGCUCACUUCCUUUCAGCCAAAUUCCUCCCAACCUGCUUCCCACCAGCUCACUUCCUUUCAUCCAACUUCCUCCUAACCUGCUUCCCCCAAUCUCACUUCCUUUCAGCCAACUUCCUCCCAACCUGUUUCCUCCCAGCUCACUUCCUUUCAGCCAGCUUCCUCCCAACCUGCUUCCCCCCAGCUCAUUUCCUUUCAGCCAACUUCCUCCUAACCUGCUUCCCCCCAGCUCACUUCCUUUCAGCCAACUUCCUCCCAACCUGCUUCCCCCCAGCUCACUUCCUUUCAGCCAACUUCCUCCCAACCUGCUUCCCACCAGCUCACUUCCUUUCAGCAAACUUCCUCCUAACCUGCUUCCCCCCAGCUCACUUCCUUUCAGCCAACUUCCUCCCAACCUGCUUCCCCCCAGCUCACUUCCUUUCAGCCAACUUCCGCCCAACCUGCUUCCCACCAGCUCACUUCCUUUCAGCAAACUUCCUCCUAACCUGCUUCCCCCCAGCUCACUUCCUUUCAGCCAACUUCCUCCCAACCUGCUUCCCCCCAGCUCACUUCCUUUCAGCCAACUUCCUCCUAACCUGCUUCACCCCAGCUCACUUCCUUUCAGCCAACUUCCUCCUAACCUGCUUCUCCCCAGCUCACUUCCUUUCAGCCAACUUCCUCCCAACCUGCUUCCCCCAAGCUCGUUUCCUUUCAGCCAACUUCCUCCUAACCUGCUUCACCCCAGCUCACUUCCUUUCAGCCAACUUCCUCCUAACCUGCUUCCCCCCAGCUCACUUCCUUUCAGCCAACUUCCUCCCAACCUGCUUCCCACCAGCUCACUUCCUUUCAUCCAACUUCCUCCUAACCUGCUUCCCCCCAGCUCACUUCCUUUCAGCCAACUUCCUCCCAACCUGCUUCCCCCUAGCUCACUUCCUUUCAGCCAACUUCCUCCCAACCUGCUUCCCUCCAGCUCACUUCCUUUCAGCAAACUUCCUCCUAACCUGCUUCCCCCCAGCUCACUUCCUUUCAUCCAACUUCCUCCCAACCUGCUUCCCACCAGCUCACUUCCUUUCAGCAAACUUCCUCCUAACCUGCUUCCCCCCAGCUCACUUCCUUUCAGCCAACUUCCUCCCAACCUGCUUCCCCCCAGCUCACUUCCUUUCAGCCAACUUCCUCCUAACCUGCUUCCCCCCAGCUCACUUCCUUUCAGCCAAAUUCCUCCCAACCUGCUUCACCCCAGCUCACUUCCUUUCAGCAAACUUCCUCCUAACCUGCUUCCCCCAAGCUCACUUCCUUUCAGCCAACUUCCUCCCAACCUGCUUCCCCCCAGCUCACUUCCUUUCAGCCAACUUCCUCCCAACCUGCUUCACCCCAGCUCACUUCCUUUCAGCCAACUUCCUCCAAACCUGCUUCCCCCCAGCUCACUUCCUUUCAGCCAAAUUCCUCCCAACCUGCUUCCCACCAGCUCACUUCCUUUCAUCCAACUUCCUCCUAACCUGCUUCCCCCAAUCUCACUUCCUUUCAGCCAACUUCCUCCCAACCUGUUUCCUCCCAGCUCACUUCCUUUCAGCCAACUUCCUCCCAACCUGCUUCCCCCCAGCUCACUUCCUUUCAGCCAAAUUCCUCCCAACCUGCUUCCCACCAGCUCACUUCCUUUCAUCCAACUUCCUCCUAACCUGCUUCCCCCAAUCUCACUUCCUUUCAGCCAACUUCCUCCCAACCUGCUUCCUCCCAGCUCACUUCCUUUCAGCCAACUUCCUCCCAACCUGCUUCCCCCCAGCUCACUUCCUUUCAGCCAACUUCUCCCCAACCUGCUUCCCCCCAGCUCACUUCCUUUCAGCCAACUUCCUCCCAACCUGCUUCCCCCAAGCUCACUUCCUUUCAGCCAACUUCCUCCAAUCCUACUUCCCCCCAGCUCACUUCCUUUCAGCCAACUUCCUCCCAACCUGCUUCCCCCAAGCUCGUUUCCUUUCAGCCAACUUCCUCCUAACCUGCUUCACCCCAGCUCACUUCCUUUCAGCCAACUUCCUCCUAACCUGCUUCCCCCCAGCUCACUUCCUUUCAGCCAACUUCCUCCCAACCUGCUUCCCACCAGCUCACUUCCUUUCAUCCAACUUCCUCCUAAUCUGCUUCCCCCCAGCUCACUUCCUUUCAGCCAACUUCCUCCCAACCUGCUUCCCCCUAGCUCACUUCCUUUCAGCCAACUUCCUCCCAACCUGCUUCCCUCCAGCUCACUUCCUUUCAGCAAACUUCCUCCUAACCUGCUUCCCCCCAGCUCACUUCCUUUCAUCCAACUUCCUCCCAACCUGCUUCCCACCAGCUCACUUCCUUUCAGCAAACUUCCUCCUAACCUGCUUCCCCCCAGCUCACUUCCUUUCAGCCAACUUCCUCCCAACCUGCUUCCCCCCAGCUCACUUCCUUUCAGCCAACUUCCUCCUAACCUGCUUCCCCCCAGCUCACUUCCUUUCAGCCAAAUUCCUCCCAACCUGCUUCACCCCAGCUCACUUCCUUUCAGCAAACUUCCUCCUAACCUGCUUCCCCCAAGCUCACUUCCUUUCAGCCAACUUCCUCCCAACCUGCUUCCCCCCAGCUCACUUCCUUUCAGCCAACUUCCUCCCAACCUGCUUCACCCCAGCUCACUUCCUUUCAGCCAACUUCCUCCAAACCUGCUUCCCCCCAGCUCACUUCCUUUCAGCCAAAUUCCUCCCAACCUGCUUCCCACCAGCUCACUUCCUUUCAUCCAACUUCCUCCUAACCUGCUUCCCCCAAUCUCACUUCCUUUCAGCCAACUUCCUCCCAACCUGUUUCCUCCCAGCUCACUUCCUUUCAGCCAACUUCCUCCCAACCUGCUUCCCCCCAGCUCACUUCCUUUCAGCCAACUUCCUCCCAACCUGCUUCCCCCCAGCUCACUUCCUUUCAGCCAACUUCCUCCCAACCUGCUUCCCCCAAGCUCACUUCCUUUCAGCCAACUUCCUCCAAACCUACUUCCCCCCAGCUCACUUCCUUUCAGCCAACUUCCUCCUAACCUGCUUCCCCCCAGCUCACUUCCUUUCAGCCAACUUCCUCCUAACCUGCUUCCCCCCAGCUCACUUCCUUUCAGCCAACUUCCUCCUAACCUGCUUCCCCCCAGCUCACUUCCUUUCAGCCAACUUCCUCCCAACCUGCUUCCCACCAGCUCACUUCCUUUCAUCCAACUUCCUCCUAACCUGCUUCACCCCAGCUCACUUCCUUUCAGCCAACUUCCUCCUAACCUGCAUCCCCCCAGCUCACUUCCUUUCAGCCAAAUUCCUCCCAACCUGCUUCCCCCCAGCUCACUUCCUUUCAGCCAACUUCCUCCUAACCUGCUUCCCCCCAGCUCACUUCCUUUCAGCCAACUUCCUCCUAACCUGCUUCCCCCCAGCUCACUUCCUUUCAGCCAACUUCCUCCUAACCUGCUUCCCCCAAGCUCACUUCCUUUCAGCCAACUUCCUCCCAACCUGCUUCCCCACAGCUCACUUCCUUUCAGCCAAAUUCCUCCCAACCUGCUUCCCCCCAGCUCACUUCCUUUCAGCCAACUUCCUCCCAACCUGCUUCCCACCAGCUCACUUCCUUUCAGCCAACUUCCUCCCAACCUGCUUCCCCCCAGCUCACUUCCUUUCAGCCAAAUUCCUCCCAACCUGCUUCCCACCAGCUCACUUCCUUUCAUCCAACUUCCUCCUAACCUGCUUCCCCCAAUCUCACUUCCUUUCAGCCAACUUCCUCCCAACCUGCUUCCUCCCAGCUCACUUCCUUUCAGCCAACUUCCUCCCAACCUGCUUCCCCCCAGCUCACUUCCUUUCAGCCAACUUCUCCCCAACCUGCUUCCCCCCAGCUCACUUCCUUUCAGCCAACUUCCUCCCAACCUGCUUCCCCCAAGCUCACUUCCUUUCAGCCAACUUCCUCCAAUCCUACUUCCCCCCAGCUCACUUCCUUUCAGCCAACUUCCUCCUAACCUGCUUCCCCCCAGCUCACUUCCUUUCAGCCAACUUCCUCCCAACCUGACUCCCCCCAGCUCACUUCCUUUCAGCCAACUUCUUCCUAACCUGCUUCCCCCCAGCUCACUUCCUUUCAGUCAACUUCCUCCCAACCUGCUUCCCCCCAGCUCACUUCCUUUCAGCCAACUUCCUCCAAACCUUCUUCCCCCCAGCUCACUUCCUUUCAGCCAACUUCCUCCAAACCUUCUUCCCCCCAGCUCACUUCCUUUCAUCCAACUUCCUCCUAACCUGCUUCCCCCAAUCUCACUUCCUUUCAGCCAACUUCCUCCCAACCUGUUUCCUCCCAGCUCACUUCCUUUCAGCCAACUUCCUCCCAACCUGCUUCCCCCCAGCUCACUUCCUUUCAGCCAACUUCCUCCUAACCUGCUUCCCCCCAGCUCACUUCCUUUCAGCCAACUUCCUCCCAACCUGCUUCCCCCCAGCUCACUUCCUUUCAGCCAACUUCCUCCCAACCUGCUUCACCCCAGCUCACUUCCUUUCAGCCAACUUCCUCCAAACCUGCUUCCCCCCAGCUCACUUCCUUUCAGCCAAAUUCCUCCCAACCUGCUUCCCACCAGCUCACUUCCUUUCAUCCAACUUCCUCCUAACCUGCUUCCCCCAAUCUCACUUCCUUUCAGCCAACUUCCUCCCAACCUGUUUCCUCCCAGCUCACUUCCUUUCAGCCAACUUCCUUCCAACCUGCUUCCCCCCAGCUCACUUCCUUUCAGCCAACUUCCUCCCAACCUGCUUCCCCCCAGCUCACUUCCUUUCAGCCAACUUCCUCCCAACCUGCUUCCCCCAAGCUCACUUCCUUUCAGCCAACUUCCUCCAAACCUACUUCCCCCCAGCUCACUUCCUUUCAGCCAACUUCCUCCAAACCUUCUUCCCCCCAGCUCACUUCCUUUCAGCCAACUUCCUCCAAACCUUCUUCCCCCCAGCUCACUUCCUUUCAUCCAACUUCCUCCUAACCUGCUUCCCCCAAUCUCACUUCCUUUCAGCCAACUUCCUCCCAACCUGUUUCCUCCCAGCUCACUUCCUUUCAGCCAACUUCCUCCCAACCUGCUUCCCCCCAGCUCACUUCCUUUCAGCCAACUUCCUCCUAACCUGCUUCCCCCCAGCUCACUUCCUUUCAGCCAACUUCCUCCCAACCUGCUUCCCCCCAGCUCACUUCCUUUCAGCCAACUUCCUCCCAACCUGCUUCACCCCAGCUCACUUCCUUUCAGCCAACUUCCUCCAAACCUGCUUCCCCCCAGCUCACUUCCUUUCAGCCAAAUUCCUCCCAACCUGCUUCCCACCAGCUCACUUCCUUUCAUCCAACUUCCUCCUAACCUGCUUCCCCCAAUCUCACUUCCUUUCAGCCAACUUCCUCCCAACCUGUUUCCUCCCAGCUCACUUCCUUUCAGCCAACUUCCUUCCAACCUGCUUCCCCCCAGCUCACUUCCUUUCAGCCAACUUCCUCCCAACCUGCUUCCCCCCAGCUCACUUCCUUUCAGCCAACUUCCUCCCAACCUGCUUCCCCCAAGCUCACUUCCUUUCAGCCAACUUCCUCCAAACCUACUUCCCCCCAGCUCACUUCCUUUCAGCCAACUUCCUCCUAACCUGCUUCCCCCCAGCUCACUUCCUUUCAGCCAACUUCCUCCUAACCUGCUUCCCCCCAGCUCACUUCCUUUCAGCCAACUUCCUCCUAACCUGCUUCCCCCCAGCUCACUUCCUUUCAGCCAACUUCCUCCUAACCUGCUUCCCCCCAGCUCACUUCCUUUCAGCCAACUUCCUCCCAACCUGCUUCCCCACAGCUCACUUCCUUUCAGCCAAAUUCCUCCCAACCUGCUUCCCCCCAGCUCACUUCCUUUCAGCCAACUUCCUCCCAACCUGCUUCCCACCAGCUCACUUCCUUUCAGCCAACUUCCUCCCAACCUGCUUCCCCCCAGCUCACUUCCUUUCAGCCAAAUUCCUCCCAACCUGCUUCCCACCAGCUCACUUCCUUUCAUCCAACUUCCUCCUAACCUGCUUCCCCCAAUCUCACUUCCUUACAGCCAACUUCCUCCCAACCUGCUUCCUCCCAGCUCACUUCCUUUCAGCCAAUUUCCUCCCAACCUGCUUCCCCCCAGCUCACUUCCUUUCAGCCAACUUCCUCCCAACCUGCUUCCCCCCAGCUCACUUCCUUUCAGCCAACUUCCUCCCAACCUGCUUCCCCCAAGCUCACUUCCUUUCAGCCAACUUCCUCCAAACCUACUUCCCCCCAGCUCACUUCCUUUCAGCCAACUUCCUCCUAACCUGCUUCCCCCCAGCUCACUUCCUUUCAUCCAACUUCCUCCCAACCUGACUCCCCCCAGCUCACUUCCUUUCAGACAACUUCUUCCUAACCUGCUUCUCCCCAGCUCACUUCCUUUCAGUCAACUUCCUCCCAACCUGCUUCCCCCCAGCUCACUUCCUUUCAGCCAACUUCCUCCAAACCUUCUUCCCCCCAGCUCACUUCUUUCAGCCAACUUCCUCCAAACCUUCUUCCCCCCAGCUCACUUCCUUUCAGCCAACUUCCUCCUAACCUGCUUCCCCCCAGCUCACUUCCUUUCAGCCAACUUCCUCCCAACCUGUUUCCACCUGCCCUACUUCCUCCGUUCCUCCCCCCACUGCCCGGCAGAUCAACGAGAUGGCGUCCAAGAGCCACCCAAACCUGGUGAGGCUGCUGGGGUACUGCUUUGA